AUGAAUACAGAGGACCCUCUGUCUCUUGAUCGGAUACGGACGGUCCUUGUCCGGCUGGAAGACACAAUCUUGUUCUCUCUGAUUGAGCGCUCUCAAUUCGCUCACAAUCCAAAGUGCUAUACCAAGGAUGGAAUCCCCGCCCUGAAGGAGCAUGGGUUUAACGGGUCCUGGUUAGAAUGGUUCCUCAAGGAGACAGAGACGUUUCAAGCGAAAGCGAGACGAUUCACCAGUCCAGACGAGACUCCUUUCAACUCGGACUUGCCGCCACCGAUCAUCCCAUCUCUUCAGUAUCCCAAGAUCCUCCAUCCAAACACGGUCAACGUCAACCCUUCGAUAAUGUCGUAUUAUGUUCACCAUUGUGUUCCAAGGAUCACCCAAAAUGCGACUCUAGCGGUAGCUGCCGCGAACCGAGCACGAGGAAUCAAGGGCGAAGCAGAGUAUGACGACGAUGGAAACUAUGGAAGUGCAGCGACUGCAGACUUGGAGAUCCUACAAGCGAUGAGUCGACGAGUUCAUUACGGCAAAUUCGUCGCGGAAUCAAAAUUUCGGGCACAUCCAAAGGAAUUUAUACCCCAUAUUCGUAAACCAAAUCGGGAUGCGCUCGAGGCAUUGAUCGUUAAGCCAGAAGUGGAACGAGCCUUGUUGGCUCGCAUACGAAAGAAGGCAAUAUUGUACUUUCAAGAACUAGAUAUGCAGGGCGAACCUGUUGGAGGUGCUACUGGAAAUCCUAAAUCCGAAAUCCAUUCUUCGAGGCCCAAGUUCCGGGUAGAUGUCGAUGCGGUUGUUCAACUGUAUGAAAUGUUCCUGAUACCUCUGACAAAGGAAGUAGAGGUUGACUAUCUCUUACAACGAUUAGAGGGCUUGUCGGAACAAGAAAUCCAAGCUCUUGAAGGGAAUAGCUAA